AUAAAAGAGUAGACUGACGUUCGCAUACGCCGCAGCAAAACGUUUGAUCAAAGGUUCCGCCCUCUGUCCAUGUCGGACAUGUUUGAUGGAAACACCGGCAAAGUGUAGGAGGAAUAUUCCGCCCAUGUAAUGCAAUAACGUAUGAGGUGUGUUAAUAUUAUUUUACAGCCGGUCGGGUGCAUAAUAGAGGUUUACACCAAGAGUGGAUGUCAGGUAAUAUGUCCGAAGAUAAAAUUAUAUAUUUUUAGCGUAUGUAUCUUUGUUGCUAGCAUUGAGGGAAGCCAUUGUGAAGAUACUACAGUGCGCUGUUUUUUUUCCAGAGAGGAGAGUGAUGUAGCUUUUUAGCAUCUGAGCCACAAAUAUAACACAAAUGAAGAAAUGGAUAGUAAUUUUGUUCUUGUCACUAUUUUAAGCGGUGUUUGUGUUGGAUGAACUUGUGCUUUGACUGCAGUGUAUAAGCCAUGGCUGGACCUGUCAGUUUGGAGUUGGAUCCUAUCUUCCUAAAGGGGCUGUGUUACCUUCAUUCCAAGAGUAAAGAUUCAGCGGAAAAACUCAAAGCUCUUCUAGAUGAGUCGCUCGCAAGAGGAAGUGAUUCAUCCUACCGCUCGUCACUUAAAGAUCUGGAGGUGUCCAAAGGAUCUUUGUCAAAACUCAGCUUAAGUAAACAAGACUCCAAAUCCUCCUCUAGUUCCUCAUCCUCCAGCAUCAGCAGCAAAUCCAGCUCUGAAAAGAGCAAGAAAGACGGAGACAGGAGAUCUUCUGAAAAGGUUAGGGUUGACUUGGGUGACAUUGAUCCUCCGAAAAAGCCUCGUUUGGAGAAACAGGAGAAUCGUUCGUCACCGGUUACAGUGCAGACGAGCAAGGACCUCUUGACAAACAUCAGCGACUACGAUGAGACCAACGCUGAUGACUUUGCCAUGGAGAUGGGCCUGGCAUGUGUGGUUUGCAGACAAAUGACAGUGUCCAUGGGAAACCAGCUGGUAGAGUGCCAGGAAUGCCAUAACCUGUACCACCAGGACUGCCACAAACCGCAAGUGACGGACAAAGAGGUCAAUGACCCCAGGCUGGUGUGGUAUUGCGCUCGUUGCACCAGACAAAUGAAACGUAUGGCCCAAAAGCCACCACAGAAGCCAUCCCCAGCCUCCGCCUCUUCAGCACCUGCUGUAAAAGACACACUAGUGAAAAAGACAGAACUGAAAACAAAGCCGGACACCGCAAGCACCUUCCAGGCUUUCAAAAGGACAGAAGUGAAGACAUCCACAACGUCGUCUAACCCCACCAGCAGCAACUCCUCCUCGUCAGGUAGCGGUCUAACAGGCUGGGCCGCAUUCGGCGCCAAGACGAGUCCAUCUCUUCCUGUCAGCUCCAAACUGGGUUCUUCAGGACCAAGUGGGAGCAACAAAGCCAUGACAGCUGCCCCCGGCCCGAAACCAGUAGGUCUUUCCGGGCUUGCGGCAGCCAAAUCUGGGCUCGGGGCUGCAAAGAUACCUGGGAGCAGCAACGGAAAUGGCUCUAGCCAGGUCUCCCUGAAACCGCCGCCGCUGACUCUGGGCAAGCAGCCGCUGAAUCGUUCAUCAAGCGCCGAGAGCCAGGGGAAGGGUUCUGCCUCGUCAGGGGCGAGCUCACCGAGCAGCUCACAGGCAAGUCCGGGAGGUAGCGGAUCAGGGGGAAAUAAUAACGGAGGAGGUAACGGAAACAACGGGAAUGGCUCAAAGGUUCCACCAGGGGAAAAAGCGCCAACAUCCCAAGAGUCCCAGCUCAAUGCCAUGAAGCGGUUACACCUGGUGAAGAAAAAGGCAGCACAGAAGAAGCUCAAGAAAUAAGCAUAGGUAGUAGAGCCCCAUUUCCACCAAGUGGUACAGUUCGGCUCAGAUUGGUACGGUAAGGUACAGGUAACAAAAUAAGCCUUGCGGAGGCAUUGCAGUUGAGGAAGGUAAAAAUUGUCUCAUAGUUGUGACAAUGGGAAGGAUAGGAAGUUGUAAAUAACAAAAAGCCGUUUCUAAUAAUGUAUUAUAAUAAUUGUUCCGUUUGUGUGUUGAAUUAAUUGGUGGGUUAUAAUAUGUUGCAUUGCUAUGAUGUCGCACUAUCAGUGUAGCUGCCAUAACUAUCACCAUUUCCGCAAUGGAAAUAAAAGCCAGAUGAGACUGACGGUCCAAACGAUACCACGGCGAGCUGAACUGUACCACUUGGUGUAAGUGUGGCUGAUGCAGGGUAUAAAAAUCAACCCUCAAGAUGUGGAGAUGUGGUGCUAGAGGGUCUUGUCUGUGAUCUUAUUCUUAUGUGUUUGUGGUGUGAGACCAUCCAUUCUAAUACUUGAAUCUUACAUUGUGUCAAAUGCUGCUGGACUUAGCUGUGCCUCAUUCUUCAUUCAUUGCCUCAUUCUGUCCCGAUUAAUUGAUCCAGAGAGAAGUGUCGAUUGUUUUGUUUUGUUUUUUAAACCUACACAUCAUUCAAGUUCCACGUAUGAACUGUCUGGCAUUAGCACAGACUUGUGACUGUACGAAUGUGGAUCCAAGCAAAAAACUGCAACAGUCGUCUUCACAGAGUAUGUCUUUAAUCAUCACAUAAUAAAAUAUAAACAAUGACGCAGAGUAUUUGAUUUCACAUUAAAAUUUCAUAAAUCAUUUCACAUGCUUCAUCAAAAGCUGUUCAUAUAUAAAAUCUGACUUCUAGACUCAACACUGUGGUACUUGCAGUCUGAAAGUGCUCAGCACAGCAGCUUGUAUUUUAAACAUUGAAACAUCACAUGUUCUUCAUCGAGGUCA